AUUGACUAUUUUUGCCUGAGCUCGUUAGGGGUAUCAGGGAUUGGCGCUUCAUUCGCUUCACGUUUGAAGUUUCCAAGGGAAAUGUAAGCAGUUAGAGAAGUUGUUUACGCAGGGCAGGCUUCGUUGAUUUGUUUUAGAAUAGAAAUUGAACUGCAUUGUUUUGUUUCAAGCGAGUGAUUACUGGUUUUGAUGUCCCAACCACUAUGACGACAUACGUCAUUUUUCAAGAUAAAAAGUUAUAGCUAUGUGAGUGUCAUUUGUAGACACCAUUGACAAUAUGAAUAAAGCUGUGAUCCACUCCCCAGAAUCCACAGUCACUUCUCUGCUGGCCAGUUCUGGACACCUGAAAAGCUCUGUUUACACUGAUUCUAGUCAUUCCUCUAUAAAGUAUAAUGAUAGGCAUUAUGAGUCCGCUACAGAAGCCCUGGAUGCCUACAUUGAAGACUUUGAGAAAAGCCUUGGAUCUUCAUGGAAGAGCACUGGGAGGCUGCACCUUAAGAGAAACACAGUCAGCCACCCCAGAGCACAGUUUAAGAACAGAGACGUUCUUAAGGAAAGCCUUUCUGAGAGGGAGUUGGAUUUUCUAAACUUGCCGGUAGGAAGAUCAAUUGACAAUGACCCUGACCUUGUUAGCCUCAUCACUGAUGAUCUCCUUAUCUUGCCACCAGAUGGUUCAUUGCCCAUCACCCGCACCUCAGCCCUCUUGACUAUGUCAAAACGUGAUACUCGGCUCUCCGUGGAUUGUAGUCCACAUUCAAAAUCCUACAGUAGGUCCUGCAAUGAUCCUGCUUCUAGUCACAUUCACGUAUCAUCCAAGGCUUCUGCCCCCCAAGAGCUGGACUCUCAUGUACAGCGAAGGAGGAAGAGUGGAAAAAACACAUCACUUGAGGACAUUUUUGGAACACAUUCCAGCCACCAGUCUCAUAAAGCUGAGUGCAACCAACCCUUGCAACAUAUUCUUUCAACUCCCCUGCCAUCUGAGGACUGCAAGCAGAAAAGAUCUGAGCUGUAUACAAGCUCUGCCAAAAACUAUCCCAGGUGGCUGACCUGCCAGAAGUCGGAAAUAGAUUUUUCAGGGAUAACUAGCUUGCCUGAUGUGAAAUACCCUGGCUGGCUACAGGACUGUGAUCUAGCAUCCAACAUUAGUCACACUCUAGCGUCAAACCCAAAAACAGAGGGUUACUCACUGGGACAGGAGCGGAGAUCUGAGCCUAAAAUUGUGUCCUGGCUUGAUGACCUAGAGGCAUCUUAUUGUGAUCUUCAGAAGGAGAAUCUGGCCAACCUAUUGAGACUUGGUGAUGAUGUGUACCGCAGCACCAUGCUUACAAAAAGGAAGCAGCAAACAGAGCAACUUGCUACCUUUGAAGUGGAAAGGAAAAACGAUUACAAGGAGUCUUUUAGAGAUGAUAAGAUUGAAUUACUGAUUCUUAAAGCAGAGAAGGCUCUUUCAUCCCCAGCUCUUGGGCUGGGUCGGAGUGUAAGAGAGCAUGAGAGUCCUCAGACUGAAGAGGUGCUGGAGGCUGACCGGUCCUGGGACAAUCCACCAGUAACUUUUAAACCCCCGGUGCCAGUAGGUGGUGCUGAAUUACUGGAAUCUGAUGGAGCAGCAAGAGACAAGCAGAUUGAUGAUUAUUUGACUGACUGCAUGAAGAGCAACAAAGAGGCUGUGACAUGUUCAUCGGGAUAUUCCUCCAGUAAGCACCAUGGGCCUGUAGAAGCACUGAAGCAAAUGCUGUUUAGUCUGCAGUCUGUAGAGCAGCGUUUCAGCCAAGAGCAAAUAGAUCAGCAUGAAGAAAUAACGACUAUAAAACAGUUAGGGUCUGAAAUGCCAUUGGUGGAUUAUGAAACAGCCCCAGGCGGCCAGUCUUUACAAAGGGCAAUGCACCAUUUAGGGCGACUGAAGAACCUUGUUGAUGAUAUGAAGGAGAAGAAAGAGCAAGACAACGAGACCCAGAAAGAAAACUAUUUGGUUAAUAAAGGAAAAUAAAUUUAGGCAACAUAGUUAACCAAAUACAGCACUUUAUUAAGAUGCUUCCAGAAACAUUUCAUAGCCAUCUAAAUAAUAUUAUUGUACUCACUGUACCAGAGUUUAGAAAAACAGUUGUCACUCACUUCUGUCUUUUUUAUUUUCUGUUGACUGAUUGAUUAUAUGAUAUAACAUUUAACAUUUUCCCUAACCAUCACUAUAUGAUUUGAUAUGUGUUUUAAAUUACCUCACACUACCCGGGUCUCUUUUUACUAUCCGGGUAUUGAUUUAUUAAUUUGAGAAUUUAAAGAAAAUGUUGAAAAUAUGACAAUACAGUUGAAAGCGCGGGUCUCUGGUCGGCGUAAUAAAGACAACGUUAAAACAA